AUGGACGUCGUAAAGGAGACCUUCUCCGCGCAGUUUGAGACCAUCAAACAGGCCAUUCUGUCAUGCGACUUCGUUGCCAUCGACACAGAACUCACGGGUCUCUCGGCCUCCAAAAAGGCGAGGAUUAACUCUUUGGACUCCGUGGAAGAGCGCUAUGGCAAGCUUCGGGAGAGCGCUUCCAAGUUCAUGACAAUACAAUGGGGGUUGUGCACGUUCACGAAGACCUCUGAGGGAGAAUAUGUGGCCCAGCCCUUCAACUUCUACGUCUUUCCCAAGCCUUUCCACCCCAACCUGGACUACACCUUUGUGUCGUCGCUCAUCUACCACGGCAUCCCGUGGCUGCGCAGAGAUGAAGAGGAGCGGAUCAGAAGUUCCCGACCCGCAGAGGCCGCGGGUGGCGCACCAAAAGAUGACGUGGCUCUGGGCGACAAGGACAAGGCCUUCAUCGACGCCAUCUGGUCCGCGCCUCUCUUUCCCCGCUUCCGGCGCAUCUCUGUGGGUCCACCGAGCAGGAUCGACGAGUGGCUGAAGACGGGAGAAAAGGAGCUCAGGCUGGCUCCUUGCAACAGCUUCCAGCGGCGCAUCACCUAUCAGGAAGUCGCCAAGAGGUACAACAACGCCAUCGAUGCGUCUGCGCAGAGCGACGAAGGGUCGCACCUGCGCUAUAUCGUCCUCAGUCGCUUGAGCGAUGAGGAGAGGAGUGCCAAGCGCCAGGAAAAGGCCCAGCAGGGCGAUGCGGAACUGGAGGCGGCGGUCGGAUUCAGGCGGGUCAUCGAUGUGCUGACUGAAGCCAAGAAGCCUGUCGUGGGCCACAACUUGCUGCUCGACCUGGUCCACACGCUCUCGUUCCUCCAGUUGCCACCGCCCACGAGCGACCAGUUCAAGAGCCAACUGCACUCCCUGUUCCCCACGAUUGUGGACACCAAGUUCGUGGUCAGCAGCUCGCCCGAGCUGGUGAGCCAGUGCGCGUCCACGGCGUUGGGCGAUACCCACGCGGCCUUCGAUGGUCCCCGCUUUCAGGACCGCCCCGCCAUUUCCUUUCCCGCUGGGUUCGGGGCCUACGCUGAAGAUAAGUCGCGCUUCCACGAGGCGGGCUUUGAUGCCCUGAUCACCGGUGUGGCUUAUCUGCGCAUGGCCUACCAUCUGGCCGAGGCGAGGACCGGGAGUGCGGAUGAUUUGCUGCCCACGGGUCCGCUGAUGGAGGAGUACCGCAACAAGCUGUUCCUCCUACGCUCGGACAUUCCCUACUACAACCUGGCCGGCCCUGACCCUACGCCGGACCGAGCCGGGGUGUUCUACGUCCACAACUUCAGCCCCUCGCUGCGCACGGGCGACAUUGUGCGCCACUUUGGCUCCUUUGGGCGGGUGUUCGUCAACUGGGUCGACGACACCUCCCUCUUUAUCACCCUCUCCGACAAGGCCCAGGCGCCUCACGUCAUGGCUCACUUCGACGGCGUCGAGACCAGGCCGCCGUUUGACGUGCUCGACAGUGCGGGCUAUCAGGCGUGGCGGCAUUCCCUCGAUGGCGCCCCCUCGAGCGUAGGUCUACGCUCACCAACGUCCCCGCUCCACCCCUACGCGCCGGGAUCCCUCUCGUCGCCCUACUCCCCGCGCCCUCCGGCUGCGUCGUCGUCGUCGGACGCUCGUUCCGCCACGACCGGCAAACGCAAGCGGGACGCCCCUGAGGAGCUGGAGGAGGGCGAGAUACGCGAGGAGGGCCUGCCCACCGCCACCGCCACCACCGAGGAGGAGGAGGAGGAGGAGCAACGCCAGGCCAAGCGCGGCCGCCACGAAAAGGAAGGCGACAACAACGGCCACCACCACCACGAGGAGGAGGAGGACGAGGAGGCCCGGCAGAAUGACGACCAGCCGGCGUCGUCGUGUCUCCUCCAGUAG